CGGACUGCGCGUGCGUGACCUCGGGACCGCGCGACCCGCGCACGUCUGUAGCGGGCGCAGGGGCACCUGGGAAGAUGGCGGCCUGGGUACCUUGUUUGAGGUGGGGCUGGGCGGCUGUGAACUUCGGCCGGCACCGGGGCCUGAGCGCGUCACUAGCUCGGAAGCCCCCACGGGCAUGGUGGUUGUCAGUUAAAAAUGGGAAACCGCAGUACACAUGGGAAAGAAGCUUUCAUUAUCAACAUGAAGGUUGCAGACAAAAGACACCACUUUCUUUCCUUAACCGACCAGAACGUCCAAGUCUGGCUUAUAAGAGGUUAAAAGGCAAAACCCCAGGAGUUAUCUUCAUCCCUGGCUAUCUUUCUAACAUGAAUGGUAACAAGGCAGUAGCAGUUGAGGAAUUUUGCAAAUCUUUAGGUCACGCCUUUAUAAGGUUUGACUACUCAGGGAUUGGAAGUUCAGAUGGGAACUUAGCAGAAUGUACAGUGGGGAACUGGAGAAAAGAUGUCCUUUCCGUACUUGAUGACAUAGCUGAAGGACCACAGAUACUGGUGGGAUCCAGCCUUGGUGGAUGGCUCAUGCUGCAUGCUGCAAUCGCGCGGCCAGAAAAGGUCAUAGCUCUUAUUGGUAUAGCUACUGCUGCAGAUGGUGUGGUGACACAGUUUCAUUCACUUCCUGUUGAGAUACAAAAGGAAAUAGAAAUGAAAGGUGAGUGGUCCUUGCCAUCUAAGUACACCGAAGAAGGAUUUUACAAAGUUCCAUACAGUUUCAUUAAAGAAGCGGAGAAUCACUGCUUGUUACAUAGCCCCAUUCCUGUGACCUGCCCUGUACGGUUGCUCCAUGGCAUGAAGGACGAAAUAGUUCCUUGGCAUAGAUCCCUGCAGGUUGCAGACCGACUAGUCAGCCCAGAUGUAGAUGUCAUUCUCCGGAAACAUAGUGAUCACAGGAUGAAGGAAAAAGCAGAUAUUCAUCUGCUUAUUUGCACUAUUGAUGACUUGAUUGACAAGCUUUCAACUGUGAUUCCCUAGAAUCACAGUUGUGAUUGGUAUGCACUCUAAUGUGUCCAGAAGAUUGAAAAUGUGGUAGUAAAUCAAAGACCCGGAUACUUCAGGGUUUUCCCUCUUUUAGUUUGUAAAUAUCCGAUAUGUAUUUAUUUAAUGAUGUCUUUGCACAAAUACACAGAUUGUGACAAAAGUAUUAGCUGCUGUUUGGAAAUUUUUUUCCUCCUUUGAUAUUUUUCCCAUUAAAAUAGUACCUAUUUUUUUUAUUAAAGAGAUAUUUACCUUUCUUAUGUACACUUUAGCUAUGCCAGCUCUUAAUUGUGUUCCUUUCUUCUACAAUAAAGCUUGAAUAUUUGGG